AUGAAGCGCCUUAACGAGGAGUCGCGCUCUAUUGCCGCACUGAAAACAAUCCGAUCAAAGUUUCCACGACACACGUGCGAGAAGGUUGACGAGUUGAAGAAGAAAGGAGAUUCAAUGUGGACGGUUGAUGAAUUAUUGGCAGCUCUAGACGACGUGAUAGAUCAGCAGGAGAAGAUCGAGGACACCGUCCCAGAGUACUAUCCUACUUAUAACUCCGACUCUACAGUUCGUCAUAAUUCUCCAUCUCCACGUAGACCUCACUACCCCGCCUUGUGUUUGGAAACACCACGAGCGUCUCACCCCUAUCGGCCAUCGACACCUGACUAUAGAUGCCCAUCUUCGAGACGCGUUCAUUUUCAUGAAGACAACUGUACUUGUCACCGUCCACAGCGCAAUUCGCGCACACCUUCGCCUACUGCAAGGAACCGAAGAUCGCCUUCGUCACCGAAGCAUCAGCAGCGUUCGCCUAGCACGAAGCGUAUAAGUUUUGGUCGACGAGCAAGUGCACCUCCCAUUUCGCAAUCCAUCUGCGCUCCGACUUCGCAGCCAACCCAUUCAGAUGUGCGUUUAGAGUUGCUGGAUGAACACCAAGCUCAAGUAGGCCCACACUCACCAUCUUCAUGUGCCACAUCGUGCGAGGAGAUGUCCGCAGCACAAAUGCCACGUCUAAUGGUAGUCCAUGCUGUAACUCGCAACCGUAUAAUUGCGAAAGUUGAACUACUAACAGUCUUUCUGGAUAGCACGUCUUUGGCUCGCCAUCUAGGUUUGACGUUCACGAUUACCCGGACUAUUACCACCUUAACAUUCGGAGGACAUCGACUUACGGAAAAAUCGUCGGAAGUCACGCUCACGUUAUGGGAUCAAUUCGACCACCCAAUCACGCUCCAGCUUUGGACGCGCGACGUAAUAACCACGGUUCCACAGACGAACAACGACGACGAUGCCGCUAACGACUACUGUGAUGAGAGAGUCGAAGUUGACGUGCUCAUCGGGAUAGAUAAUUACUGGCGAAUUGUGGAUUUACACCGAAAUGAGGAACUUCCAUCAGGUCUCAUACUAUCACAUACACGAUUUGAACCAGUGCUUUCUGGAGCUGCCUAUCCUGAAGCGUCGAACAUUACUACUUCGGCAAUGACGAUACUUGACGACGACGCGCCAGGAACCGAACAACUCGUACGAAGUCUUCUUGGCUUGGACACAGUCGGAUUGGACGAUAGAAUUAGGUCACUCAUGGGACGACCUCGAUGGGAUACAGCACGAAAGUGGAAUGAGAUUGUUCAGGAGAUCAGCAGCUUUCAUCUCAAUGCACCUCGUUUUGUAGGACAUACGUCGUCUAACACUUUAUAUCGUGACCGUCCAUACGGGCAAAAGCCAACUUCCACCUUGCUUUUCGCUAAAGCCAAGCUAGCACCACCAGGCGCGAUUACCAUUCCGCGCAUGGAAUUGCUCGCUUGUCAUAUGGCCGCGAAAACAGCUCAGUUCCUAGGAGGUCAGCUGAAGAUCCAACUCUAUUCCAUCCGGUUUUUGACGGAUUCCCAGAUAGUCCUGUACUGGAUUCAGACGUCUAAAACGCUCAAGACAUACGUUGCCAAUCGCGUCAACUAUAUCCGGCAAGUAUUGAGCGAGUUGAAGUCAAGUAACAUCGACAGUGGAUUUUAUUACAUACCUACCGACAACAACCCGGCAGAUUGCGCCACCCAUGGAUUGACAGCCGCAGAGCUCGAGAAGCACAUAUGGUGGCGUGGACUUUCCUUUAUCACGACCCCAUUCACGGAGUGGCCGUGCAGAAGCUUUGAUUCAUCCUCAGCACCACCUUCAGGAGGAGAAGCGGAACUAGUCAGAACGAACUUGGGAGUCGUAAUGACAACAAGUACCAUCUUGAUGCCUUAUAAGUCUUUCGUACCUUUCAGACGUAGGAACUCCUAUAUCCGGCUGACUCGCAUCAUCUCAUACGUCCUGAAGUGCAUAGCUAAGUUACGUCAUCGUGCGAGGACGCGCAAUGCCGUCACCGAGCCUGACGAGCACCGUUUGUUUGGGACGAUAGACGCCACAACCAUCAGCAUAACAUCUAGUGAUAUGACUGCUGCUGAACUUGUGCUCAUACGCGAGCAUUACCGCGAGGAGAGUCAGCAGUUGAACGGAUCAUACGUGAAGAAACUCCGUACACGGCACGAAGAAGACGGUACCAUACGCGUGAACCUACGCAUGGCUAAUGCAGAGCAGAAUGAGCCAAUCCUCAUUCUUUCAGAUAGAGGCGGUCCUCAACACCAGGCCCCUCUUCCCAGCCAACUCGACGAACCGGACGCUGUGGUUCUGAGACCCAUAGAUCUCAUAAACCCUCAGUUUAGACUAGGACUUAAUUACAACCUGCCCAAACGCAUUAAGUCAUCGUCAAGUGAUAACUACGAGUCGCUGUGUACGCGCUACAACGCGCUUAGAAAGGAUCUCGACCAUUUCUGGGAUAUCUGGCAGAAAGACUACCUUGGCGCGCUUGCAAAUAGAGAAGCAACGCGCUCACGAAAUGGACGAGGAACAAUAGUACCACCACGCGUUGGAGAUAUAGUUAUCAUACGAGAACAGGAUGUUCCAAGAUCUAUAUGGCCUUUGGGCCUCAUUUUACAGCUGCACACAUCCCCGGAUGGACAAGUAAGACCAGCGAGAAUAAGGACUUGCAAACGACACAUACUCGAUCGUGCUAUCAACCAUCUCGUACCGCUCGAGAUCAGUGCUAGGCACGUGGAGGACAUUCAGACAAGCAAACAGCAACGACAAUCUACGCGCAAGCGACCAUCGAGGAAAGUGAAGUCGAAGCAUUGA